AUGAACGAAGUGAUUCGAAGACCUGAUCAAACGUCGCCGAAAUCUAGCCCCCGUGGGGGCUCCAGGUCCCCGGCCUACCCACGGACGGACACGACGGGCACCCUCAGAACCACCAUCAGCUUGGGCAAGGUCCCAUCCGUCAUCCCUAGGGGUCCGUUUUACCUGAUGAAAGAUCCCCCUGAUCAUGCAGAGAUUACAGGAAGCACUAACCUGAUGUCAGUCUAUGGGAUGGAACAUGCCUAUAGCAAAUUCUGUGGGAGGAAAGUGAAGGAGGAGUUGAGCGCAUUUCUACCUCACCUGCCCGGGUACAUUGACACGCCAGGCCUCCAGGAUAACAGUGCAUUACGGUCUGUUGUGGACAAGCCUCCGAUAACAGGGAAAGAGUUAGUUCCCUUGUCUGGCUCUGCAUUGACAGGAUUUCGGCUACACCCUGGCCCGUUACCUGAACAGUAUAGACUGAUGAACCAAAUGCCACAAAAGAAGAGACACAAGCACAAAAAACACACCAAGAAGGAGACACCCAAAGAGGAAGCUUUGCUGGAAACGCAAGCUGACAAACCCAGUGAUGCUGGUCAUGAUCGAAGGAAGAAGCAGGAUAAGAAAGAUGAGAAGGAUAAAAAGAGGAAAAGAAAAAAGAAGAAAAAAAAGCACAGCCCCGAACAUCAGUCAGCAGCGGCAGAGACAGGGUCCUAAUACCAGCUGAACAGUGUUGUGUGUGAACUACUUACCAGUGACAAAGACGGGCUCCAAACUCUAGUGAAAAUUCAGAGUGUUGUGUAUGAACUCCUGACCAGUGACCGUUGUGUUCACCUAUUCACACUGUAUGUGUGUGUGUGUGUGUUAACACUGCCUGGUGUAUGCACAGCUCACAAAUACCACACCAAAUACUCUGAUAUUUGUGUACUUUGGAUUUACAUGUUUGUCCACAUUGUAGGAUUGGGCAUUGUGUGUAACAUGGAUGGAUGUCUACAACGUGGUCUUGUAGCACCAGACAAUUGUCUACAUCUUGUCCAUUGUGGAUUGUUGAAUGUGUAUACAUUGUGGAAUAAGGGUAUGUGUGGUAAGCAUGAACAAAUGUCUAUAUCAUGGACUAGUACCACCAGGUAAAUGACUAGGGAUGUCUAUAUUAUGGGCCUGUACCACCAGGUAAAUGACUAGGAAUGUCUACAUUAUGGGCCUGUACCACCAGGUAAAUGACUAGGAAUGUCUACAUUAUGGGCCUGUACCACCAGGUAAAUGACUAGGAAUGUGUACAUCAUGGAUGUACAACCAGGUGAAUCACAAGGAAUGCCUAUGUGAAAGACUUGUGCCAACAUGUAAAUGACUGUAAAUCUUUACAUCACACAACUGUGCCACCAGGUAAUAGAAAAGGAAUGUCUACAUGAAUGACAGGUGCCAACGGGUAAAUGGCUACGUCACAGACUUGUGCCACCAGGUAAACGAUUAGGAAUGUCUACAUCAUGAACCUGUGACGCCAGGUAAAUGACUAAGAAUGUGUACAUCAUGGAUGUGCCACCAGGUAAACAACUAGGAAUGUCUACACCAUGGACUUGGAAAACCAGGUAAAUGACUAGGAAUGUCUACAUCAUAGAUGUGCCACAAGGUAAUUGACAACGAAUGUCAACAUUAUGAACUUUUCCACCAGGUAAAUGACUAGGAAUGUCUACAUCACAGACUUGUGGCAACAGGUAAAUGACUAAGAAUGUCUACAUCAUGGAUGUGACACCAGGUAAAUUUGUAGGAAUGUCUACAUCAUGGACUUAUGACAGCGGGUAAAUCAGGAGAAGUGUCUACACUGUACAUUUGUGUGGUGUACGUCCUAAAAUGUAUACAUGUACAUUGGUCACCUAGGCAGCGUUGUAAAUAUCAUGAAAUUUCUAUGCCUUGCAUUUGUGGAGGCUAGUAACUUCUAUUAAACGUCUAGCUGAGUUUGUGGAGGGUAUUAACUUCCAUGAAAUGUCUAGCUGAGUUUG